AUGGAGAGUCUCGUGCGGUCGCUGGCCGGCGGGGGCGUCGUGCUCCCGCCGCCGGCGAGACAGAUGCGGAGGAGGAGGUGGUGCACGGUGGCGAGCCUGAGGGGGAGCUUCGGCGUCGGUGCGGCUACUGCUACGUGUACGGCGGCGGACCGGCGGCGGCAGCUGGUGGACGAGCUCAGGCUCGUGGACGACGAAGGCGGCGCCGUGGCGACCAGCGGGCGGUCGGCGACGGCGCAGCAGCAGAUGAUCGACGUUGGGUGCGAGGUGGAGAAGCUCCGGGCCGUCGCGGACGCGGCGGCGGACCGGGCGGACAUGCACGACAUCAUCGGGAGGCAGCGGGACAACUGGAACCACCUGCUGCUCCACUCCAACAACUCCCUCCUGCUCGCGGCGUCUGUCAUGGCGGCGCUCGCGCCCGCCGCGCCGGGGGUGGUGGCGCUCAAGGCCUCCGCGGGGGUGCUCCUCGCCACCGCCGCGGUCACCAUGGCCGCCGUCAACAAGAUCCAGCCGUCGCAGCUCGCCGAGGAGCAGCGCAACGCCACCAGGCUGUGGAGGCAGCUGGAGCGCGACGUCCGCGCCGCGCUCGAGCUCGCGCCGCCGACCAAGGCCGAGGUCCAGGACGCCAUGGACAGGAUGCUCGCGCUCGACGCCGCCUACCCGCUGCCCCUCCUCCCCGUCAUGCUCGACAAGUUCCCCAAGGCCGUCGAGCCCACCCGGUGGUGGCCGAUCAAGAAGCAGCAACGCGCCCCGAUCAACAACACGUCGCCGUCGUCGUCGUCGUCGUCAAAGGCAGCUAAUGGCGCCGGCCGGAGAGCCGCCACGGCCGGCAACGGCUGGACCCAAGAACUGGAGGAAGAGAUGCGCGGCAUCCUCCGGGUGAUCAAGGCCAAGGACGAGAACGAGUACGUGUCGGUCGGCAAGAUGGUGCUCGCCCUCAACAAGCACCUCGCCGUGGCCGGCCCGGCGCUGGCCGGCACGGCCGCGCUCGCAGCCGCGUUCAUCGGCGCCGGCGAGGCCGGCGCGUGGGCGUCCGGCGCGGCCGUCCUCGGCGGCGUGCUGGCGGCGGCGGUGAACACCGUGGAGCACGGGUGGCAGGUGGGCAUGCUGUUCGAGCUGUGCCGCAACGUGGCUGGCGUCUACCGGAAGAUCCGGGAGGACAUCGAGGCGAACCUCGAGGAGGGCGACGUCGAGCGGCGGGAGAACGGCGAGGUGUUCGAGACGAAGGUGGCGCUGCAGCUCGGCCGGAGCCCGUCGGAGCUGAAGCAGUUCAGGGUGAUGGCGUCGCCGGCCGUCAAGGACGGCGAUAUCAAGGACUUUGCCGGGAAGUUGGUCUAG